AUGGCUGGGCAAGCAACUUGUUCAUGGAAUCUCACAAUAGUCUAUGGUAGUCCUCAUUCCCAGUUUCGGGUGGAACUUUGGAGGGAUAUUAGAAGAAUUGCGAUGGAGAUUAAAGGUGCAUGGUGUUUGUUAGGUGAUUUUAAUGCAGUUCUUCAAGACGGCGAAAGACAUGGUGGUAAGCAAAGGGCCAUCAAUAAAGGCGAUGCUGCGUUUAGGAAGUUAGUGAAAGAAUGUGACUUGAUUGACAUGGGGUUUCAAGGCUCUCCUUUCGCAUGGAAACGAGGCAACUUAUAUGAACGUCUGGAUCGAGUGCUAAUCAAUUUAGAUUGGCAAGUGAUUUUUCCUCACGCGAAUGUCCUACAUUUACACCCUCUGAAGUCUAACCAUUGUCCAAUCAUGUUGAAGCUAGGUGGCAUGAUGAACUCAAGAAAUCAUCGUCGGCCUUUUAGAUUUGAAGCUGCCUGGCUUACUCAUCCGGAACUUCCAAAGGUUGUCUAUAACGGUUGGAAUGAACAAUCAGAAUGGGCUAACAAGAUGAGUUCUCUUCAAAAAUGUCUUGCCAACUGGAAUCGGACCACCUUUGGCAACAUUUUCUUCAAGAAACAGAGGCUUUUAAGAAGAUUAAAUGGUAUUUCUACAAAGUUAUCUCAUGAACGAAAUGACUUUCUUGAAGAGCUGUCUAAGAAACUAUGGAGUGAAUAUGAACAUGUUCUGAUACAAGAAGAGCUACUUUGGUUUCAGAAAUCCCGCUACAAAUGGCUUGAAUUGGGAGAUCGUAAUACAAAAUACUUCCAUGGAUCCACACUAAUUAGAAGAAGGAAAAAUUGA